UUUAGUAGCCGGAAGCUGGGGUUAGUUUAUUGUCAAAACACAUAUAGCAUAAGACAAGAAACACUGGAAGGAGAGGAUUUGCUUAUUAUAUGAAAACGUACAGUUAGCUAAUACUUAUACACUGAAAGGGGGGAACAUGUAUGACAUAUAGUUGUUUUCUUUUUGUGCACAUUAUCUUCAAAGCCUGGUAAUAUACAAAGCUAGCUGUCUCCCGCGUUUUAGUGCUCUGCAAAAGAGGUAAGGUAUGAUAUAAUCCAGAAUGUCGGAAUCAGACAGUGAUGAUGAACAUGAACGACCAUUUUCCCUUACGGGGUUCUUGUUUGGCAACAUCAAUGAAGAUGGACAACUGGAAGAUGACAGCGUGCUGGAUACUGAAUCCAAGAAGCACCUGGCUGGUUUAGGCUCGUUAGGGCUGGGUACACUAAUAACAGAGAUUACAGCCAGUGAGGAGGAUGCUGGUGAGGAGGAGAAGGACCCCAGUAGUACCGAUGCAGAAGGAUGGGUAAAAAGCACCGAUGAUGCAGUGGAUUACUCUGACAUCAGCGAAGUGGCUGAGGAUGAGACCAGGAAGUACCGUCAGGCCAUGGGGACACUGCAGCCCUCCCACAGGACAGAUGAUGAGGAUGACUAUGAUGCUGACUGUGAAGAUAUCGAUGCCAAGCUGAUGCCCCCGCCGCCCCCGCCCCUCCAGCAGACUAAGAAAGAUGACCUCAUGGCACCUUCUGCAAAUGCAUUGGGCGAUGAGGGCGAUGGCAUUAUCCUGCCUUCCAUCAUCGCGCCGUCGUCCGCUGUGGAUAAGGUGGAUUUCAGCAGCUCCUCUGAUUCUGAGUCGGAGACAGACCGGCCGGCGGUGGGCCCGGGAUCCAGCGGAUCCCCGGGAAGUCUGACCCUGCCCUUAGCCGGCAUCAUGCAGAAGGAUGCGGCCAAAGCCCUGCCAGCUGUCACGGAGCUCUUUCCGGAAUUCAGGCCUGGAAAGGUGCUGCGCUUCCUUCGCCUCUUUGGGCCGGGGAAGAACAUGCCGUCAGUCUGGCGAAGUGCCCGCCGGAAGCGUAAAAGGAAGCACCGCGACCCACAGCCUGGAAUGGCGCUGCCCGAUGCCGAGCCAGCAGAGCUGGGGUGCGAGAAGAAGUCUGGCUGGAGCUGCGAGUACCCACCCCCUCCGCCGCCCGAGCAGUGUCUCUCUGACGACGAGAUCACCAUGAUGGCCCCUGUUGAGUCCAAGUUUUCUCAGGCAGCUGGUGAUGGGGACAAGGUGCCAGAGUCGCGCCCCCGGGUGGCAGAAUGGCGCUAUGGACCUGCCCAGCUCUGGUACGAUAUGUUAGGGGUACCUGAAGAUGGCUCCACCUUUCACUAUGGGUUUCGGCUGAAGGAGGAGCAGCCAGGAGAACAGGAGGAGCAGCAGCCCACCCUCCCCCAGGAAGAAGAAAGCGAAGAGGUGACUGAAGGACAGCGUUUAGAGAAUGAGUUGUUCCUGAUGGUGACUCAGCUGCAGUGGGAAGAUGAUAUUAUCUGGAAUGGAGAGGAUGUAAAGCAUAAGGGCACUAAGACCCAGCGUGCCAGUCUGGCAGGCUGGCUGCCUUCGAGCAUGACCCGUAAUGCCAAUGCAUACAAUGCACAGCAGGGUCUGAGCCGGAGUAACUCGCAGCUGGUGCCCCCCACGCCGCCCCCCAUGCCCAAAGCGCCAGCACUCAGCUCUGGCUCAAGUAAGCGGGACAAACAUAACCAGGACCAGCAAGCGGCUCAUGACGACGACGCGCCUUGGUUCUCCAUUUUCCCCAUUGACAACGAGGAGCUGGUCUACGGCCGCUGGGAAGACAACAUCAUUUGGGAUGACCAGGCCAUGGAUUACCUGCUUUCUCCUCCGGUCCUUACACUAGACCCCAAUGAUGAGAACAUCAUUUUAGAGAUUCCCGAUGAAAAGGAGGAACGAACGUCAAACUCCCCAUCUAAAGAGAACAAAAAGGAAACGGCCCUCAAGAAGAGCAGAAUACUGUUGGGGAAGACGGGCGUGAUCAAGGAAGAGCCUCAGCAGAACAUGUCUCAGCCAGAAGUGAAAGACCCCUGGAAUCUCUCCAAUGACGAAUUCUACUACCCGAAGCAGCAGGGUCUGAGAGGAACGUUCGGCGGUAACAUCAUUCAGCACUCCAUCCCCGCGGUGGAGCUCCGGCAGCCCUUCUUCCCCACGCAUAUGGGCCCCAUGAAGCUGCGACAGUUUCACCGGCCGACACUCAAGAAGUACUCCUUCGGGGCGCUGUCCCAGCCUGGCCCCCACCCUGUGCAGCCGCUCCUCAAACACAUCAAGAAGAAGGCGAAGAUGCGAGAGCAGGAGCGCCAGGCCUCGGGUGGAGGAGACAUGUUUUUUAUGCGCACAGCCCAGGACCUGACAGGCAAAGAUGGGGACCUCAUCCUGGCCGAGUACAGUGAGGAGUACCCACCCCUCUUCAUGCAAGUUGGCAUGGCGACCAAAAUCAAAAAUUACUACAAGAGAAAACCAGGGAAGGAUCCUGGAGCACCAGACUGUAAAUAUGGGGAGACUGUCUACUGCCACACCUCUCCCUUUCUUGGCUCCUUGCAUCCUGGCCAGUUGCUGCAGGCCUUUGAGAACAACCUGUUUCGCGCCCCCAUCUAUCUGCACAAGAUGCCCGAGACAGACUUCCUGGUGCUGCGCACACGGCAGGGAUACUACAUUCGUGAAAUCGUGGACAUCAUUGUGGUUGGUCAGGAGUGCCCUCUCUACGAAGUGCCAGGGCCGAACUCCAAGCGUGCAAACACCCAUAUCAGAGACUUCCUGCAGGUGUUUAUCUAUCGUCUGUUCUGGAAGAGCAAGGACCGGCCUCGGAGGAUUCGCAUGGAGGACAUUAAGAAAGCCUUCCCUUCACACUCAGAGAGCAGCAUUCGCAAGCGCCUGAAGCUCUGUGCCGACUUCAAGCGUACAGGCAUGGACUCCAACUGGUGGGUUUUGAAGCCGGAUUUCAGGCUUCCUACAGAGGAAGAGAUCCGUGCCAUGGUGUCCCCAGAGCAGUGCUGUGCCUAUUACAGCAUGCUGGUAGCAGAACAGAGGUUGAAGGAUGCUGGAUAUGGAGAGAAAUCUUUUUUCGCUCCAGAGGAGGAAAAUGAGGAAGACUUUCAGAUGAAGAUAGACGAUGAGGUACGCACCGCCCCUUGGAACACCACGCGAGCGUUCAUUGCCGCAAUGAAGGGGAAGUGCCUUCUGGAAGUCACAGGAGUGGCCGAUCCGACGGGCUGUGGCGAAGGGUUCUCCUACGUCAAGGUUCCCAACAAGCCGACGCAGCAGAAGGACGACAAGGAACCUCAGCCAGCGAAGAAGACUGUGACGGGCACGGACGCUGACUUGAGACGUCUCUCUCUGAAGAACGCCAAGCAGCUGCUGCGCAAAUUCGGGGUUCCGGAAGAAGAGAUCAAGAAGCUGUCGCGGUGGGAAGUGAUCGACGUCGUGCGCACCAUGUCUACGGAGCAAGCCCGCUCUGGAGAGGGACCCAUGAGCAAGUUUGCCCGAGGCUCACGGUUCUCGGUGGCAGAACACCAGGAACGCUACAAAGAGGAGUGCCAGAGGAUCUUCGACUUGCAGAAUAAGGUGCUGGAGUCCACAGAAGUCCUCUCGACGGACACAGACAGCAGCUCGGCUGAGGAUAGCGACUUCGAGGAGAUGGGCAAGAAUAUAGAGAACAUGCUGCAGAACAAGAAAACCAGCUCGCAGCUGUCCAGGGAACGCGAGGAGCAGGAGAGGAAGGAGCUGCAGCGGAUGUUAAUGGGGGAGGAGAGUGACCGAGACAAGGGACGCAAAGACCGUCGUAAGGGAUUGUCCAGUGCUGUGUCCACUGGCUCCCACAAGGAUGAUGAUGCUUCUUCUGUCACAAGCCUCAAUUCCUCGGCUACUGGAAGGCGGCUGAAAAUAUACCGCACCUUCCGGGACGAGGAGGGCAAGGAAUACGUCCGCUGCGAGACUGUCCGCAAGGCCUCUGUCAUCGAUGCGUACAUACGUAUACGCACAACAAAGGAUGACGAAUUCAUACGGAAGUUUGCGCUGUUCGAUGAGCAGCAUCGGGAGGAGAUGCGAAAAGAGCGUCGGCGAAUCCAGGAGCAGCUGAGGCGACUUAAGCGCAAUCAGGAGAAAGAUAAAUUUAAAGGACCACCUGAGAAGAAAGCCAAGAAGAUCAAGGAACGCCCCGACCUCAAGCUGAAGUGUGGAGCUUGUGGUGCGAUAGGUCACAUGCGUACCAACAAAUUUUGCCCGUUGUACUAUCAAACUAAUGCCCCACCGUCAAACCCGGUUGCAAUGACAGAGGAGCAAGAAGAGGAGUUGGAGAAGACUGUGAUACACAAUGACAAUGAGGAGCUGAUCAAGGUUGAGGGCACCAAGAUUGUCUUAGGAAAACAGCUCAUUGAAAGUGCCGAUGAAGUGCGUCGGAAAUCCUUGGUGCUGAAGUUCCCCAAACAGCAGCUGCCACCCAAGAAGAAGAGGCGAGUGGGAACCACAGUGCACUGCGACUACCUUAAUCGGCCCCACAAAUCCAUCCACCGCCGACGCACGGACCCCAUGGUCACGCUGUCCUCGAUUCUGGAGGGCAUCAUCAACGACAUGCGGGAUAUCCCUAAUACGUACCCAUUCCAUACUCCGGUCAAUGCCAAGGUGGUGAAGGACUACUACAAGAUAAUCACACGGCCCAUGGACUUACAGACGCUGCGUGAGAAUGUGCGAAAGCGCAUGUAUCCGUCCCGCGAGGAGUUUCGUGAGAGCGUAGAGCUCAUUGUUAAGAACAGCAUUACCUACAAUGGGGCGAAGCAUCCGCUGACCCAGGUGGCUCAGUCCAUGCUGGACCUCUGUGAUGAGAAGCUGAAGGAGAAGGAGGACAGGCUUGUAAGGUUAGAGAAAGCCAUCAACCCCCUUCUGGAUGAUGACGAUCAGGUGGCCUUCUCCUUUAUACUUGACAAUAUUGUAACCCAGAAGAUGAUGGCUGUCCCAGAUUCAUGGCCUUUCCACCAUCCUGUGAACAAGAAGUUUGUGCCUGAUUAUUACAAGGUCAUAGCCAACCCUAUGGACCUGGAGAGCAUUCGCAAGAAUAUCUCCAAGCACAAGUACCAGAACAGGACUGUGUUCCUGAACGACAUCAGCCUGAUCCACACAAACAGUGUCAAGUAUAACGGCCCUGACAGCCCUUACACCAACACUGCGCUGGAAAUUGUCAAUGUGUGCAAGCAGACUCUAUCAGAGUACGACGAGCACCUGACUCAGCUGGAGAAGGACAUCUCCACUGCCAAAGAAGCGGCCUUAGAUGCAGCUGACCUGGAGAGCCUGGAGCCCAUGACGCCUGGGCCCUACACCCCACAGCCUCCUGACCUGUUUGACAGCAGCAAUUCAAUGAGCCUGCACAGGGAGGCCAGCCUAUUCCUGGAUGGCCCUCCCCCCACAGCCCCCGAGAAGAGAGGGGGGCAGGGCCGGCAUGGGCGUGGCAGGUUGGGCGAGGAGGAGUCCGACGUGGAUAUUGAAGGCUUCGAGGAAGAUGAUGACGGGAAGCCCAAGACCCCGGCUCCUGCAGAAGAAGGUGACUUGGAUGAUGAGGAUGAGGAUGACGAAGAGGAUCUCCUGCUGCCUCCGCGGAGGCGCUUGCGUGGUCAUGAUGACGAGGAAGAAGAGGAAGAUGAAGGCUCCAGCCGGCCUGCCCAAGCCAGUGUGCUCUACCAGGAUCUGCUCAUGUCAGAUGGAGAGGAUGACGCCAGCGAAGAAGAGGGAGAUAACCCUUUCUCCUCCAUCCAUCUCUCGGAGAGUGGCAGUGAUUCAGACCGAGACGUAGAGGUGCGAGCUACUCCAUCCAGGGGACAUCAGGAGGUGGCACGCAUGGGCUUGGAGCAGGAUGAGAGCAUGAUGUCCUAUGAGGUUGAGGGGACAGAUGAAGGUCACCUUGAGGACAGCAAUGUCAGCUACGGCAGCUACGAGGAAGUGGAGGGCCAGACCCAGAGACAAUCCCGCGGUCUGGGCAGUCGAGAAGGGUAUGGGCAGAGCGAGGAGGAGGACGAGGAGGACGAAGAUGAUGAUGAAGAGAGUGCAUCAAGGAGGCACGGUCCCAGUGUCUUGUCUCAGGUCCAGCUUAGUGAGGAUGAAGAAGAUAGUGAGGAGUUCAGGUCCAUUGGAGGGGACAGUGAUAUGGACUCGGAUGCCUAGAGGACGCCCCAAUAACUGAUGUUUUUACUUACCUCAUCAUUGCCUCAGGCUGUACACAUUGUUAAUAUUAAUAUAUACAGUAAAUUACCCUGUCAGUGCCCAUUGGUCCCGUUAAAGAUCAGUAUGAUUGUCUUUUACUUCCAUUUCACAUUUCUAAAAAUACUGGGUACUUUGGCUGUGUUCAUUUUUAGUUCCGAAUUAGUUCUUGGUUAUUGGUUUGCUUUCAUUUUUUUUUGUAAUGUAUCAUUUCAAUAAAAAAACAGGAACCAUGUA